AUGCCUCCUAAAAGAAAAUCUACAGCAGGUGGCCAAUUGGCAGGGAUCUCUCGCGCAGGGCCGGGAAUGGUAGAGAUCAGCUUGAUGAUCCCCCAGCCUUCCACCACCAUCCACCAAUCGUCCAAUGCACCCAUGUCCCAUGCCAUAAACACAGGACCAUGGACACCAGCAAGCCAUUCUUGUGCCCAAUUUGCUGCAGGAUGGGAGAUGAUCAGGCAGAAGGUCAAGAUGACCUGGCCCAUGGUAGUGGUAAACCUUAGCCUGGAAUCCAUGAAGGACAACUACUUGGGAUUGACUGUCAGGGAUAAUAAGGACAAUGUAGGUUGA